UAUUUGAGCAUCAGUCUAAUUUUUCAACUGUAUCAUUAAAUAAUAAAAGCCUAGGAUUACCUUCUGUUACAACAUGAAGAGAAGCCUAAAUGUCUUACUAACAAGCUUAUUCAAUUUUUAUAUAUUUUUAAAAAAUAUUUAGGCUACUGGUUAAAUUAGUUUCAUUUGUACAAUAUGUCGAGUUCACCCAAAAUCAACAGGUAAAAUUAAUUACUUAAGUCACUGUGGUUUUUACACUACUAUGCACAGUUUAUGUAGGCUUUAAAUAUUAUUGAAAUAUUCUUGACAAUAUGUUGACACUUUAAAACAAACCGAACAGGUAGAGUUUGUGGUCAGAUUUUUUUUAUUUUUAUUUUCUUGUAAUAUCAUUUACUCGCCCCAACAAAUCAUCAAUAUGCUACAUACAUACAUACAUUCAUCCAAUGAGUCAAAAUAACAGACAGUCCUGGUCUAAAUAUAUAUGAUGGUUGCGAGAUCCGAGUGCAAUAUGGUCGAAUUACAUCGCUGCGAUCGAACAGAUGACUGACCGGCACUCGUUCAGUACCGCAUACCGCCAUCGCAUCCGUGACCGCAUUUUUCUCGGCUUGCAUAACAUAUCGCGUGACUUACUAGGUUAGUAACGUGAGGGAACGGACAGCGGAGAAGGCGGUGUUGAUGAUGGUAGGAGGAGAUUGUGCGUCGUCGUCGUCGUCUUCCGCGUUUCCCCGGAUUUCAACCACUGUCCUGAUUCCAUCGUGUCCUCUCCUUGCACGUUUUUACGCUCGGCCCACCCUCCCAAAUGACAUCGGAGUCCUGGGCCCCGGCGUACCGGCUCCAGCCAUGUCGGCGAGGAAUACAGCGGCUGGCGGCGGUGACGGAGCGACGGGGGAAAAGCCAGGAGACGCAUUAGAGGAAGAACCCCAGGGCCUCUCUGUCUCUCUGUCUGGUUUGAUGACCCCCACCUCAGCCACCGGCAUGGCCUCAGGCAUGGAGCUGCCCAGAAAACGGAAAGGCAGCAUGGACAACCCGGAAACAAAAUCUGCAUCAAAUCUAGAGGAGGAUAUGGAGGACGAUCAGGGAAGAUCGGAAGGAGACGACCAGCACUUAAAAAUUAAGUGUGUCAGAGAACCUCAUAGUCAGAUCGAGAAACGACGGCGAGAUAAAAUGAAUAACCUGAUUGACGAGUUGGCAGCAAUGAUCCCCACUUGUAACCCCAUGUCCCGCAAGCUUGACAAACUCACUGUGUUACGAAUGGCUGUCCAGCACCUCAAGUCUCUGAAAGGAGCAACCAGCUCGUUUGCUGAAGCCAAUUACAAACCUGCAUUCCUCCCAGACGAUGAGCUCAAACACCUCGUCUUAAGGGCUGCAGAUGGAUUUCUCUUUGUGGUUGGCUGUGACCGUGGAAAGAUAGUCUUUGUCUCAGAGUCGGUUUCAAAAAUCCUGAAUUACAGUCGGACGGAGUUAAUUGGACAGAGCCUGUUUGAUUUUGUUCAUCCUAAGGACAUUGGUAAAGUGAAGGAACAGCUGUCUGCCUCUGAACUCUACCCGCGGGAGCGCCUCAUAGACGCCAAAACGGGAUUACAGGUGCAGGCUGAGCUCCCCGUCGGAGCGGCUCGGCUUUGCUCUGGAGCUCGCCGCUCAUUCUUCUGUCGAAUGAAGUACAACAAAGUUACCGUCAAAGAAGAGAAGGACUUCCAGGCUGGGGCUUCAAAAAAGAAAGAGUCACAGCGGUACUGCACUGUGCACUGCACGGGCUACAUGCGCACCUGGCCCACGCGCCAGCUGGGCACGGAGGGGGAGGCCGAGGCAGAUAAAGAGAGUUCCCACUUCAGCUGCUUGGUAGCAGUGGGCCGCAUUCACCCCCACACUCUACCGCAGGCCAACGGAGAGAUCAAGGUCAAGCCUACUGAAUUUGUCACCCGCUACGCCAUGGAUGGCAAAUUCACUUUCGUGGAUCAGCGAGCCACCACCAUUCUGGGUUAUUUACCCCAGGAGCUGCUAGGCACAUCCUGCUAUGAAUACUUCCAUCUGGACGACCUGCCUCACUUGGCAGAUAGACACCGAAAAGUGCUGAGGAGUAAAGAGAAGAUUGAGACAAACUGCUAUAAGUUUAAAACGAAAUAUGGCUCUUUUGUCAACUUACAAAGUCAGUGGUUUAGUUUUAUAAAUCCCUGGACCAAAGAAGUAGAAUACAUAGUGUCAACCAACACAGUUAUAUCCGGUAAAAGUAAUCCAGGUGGAUCAGGGGAUAAAUCUGAGCAGCCUAGCAGUUCCAAGGCCUCGGAGGAUGAUGCCAAGAAGUCCCAACAAGUUCCAAUCAUCCCAGGGAUCUCCAGUGCAUCAGGCAUGAUUUACGCUGGGUGCAUAGGGACCCAAAUUGCUAAUGAGAUAAUGGACUAUAAUAGGAUGAACUCCUCACCAUCCAGCGGCAAUACAAGUCCGUUCAGUUUACUGCAGGACAAGUCUCCACUGGCCCUUGCGCAGGCCAGCAGCAAUGUGCCAAAUGGGGAAGCGACAGAUGUGGAGAUGCCUGGAAAAUCAAGUUCAGAGGAGGAAGCGAGGGGUGGGGCCUUCACAGCGGGAGAAAGUUUGAUGGAGGGGAGCUCUCAGUUGGAUCUGGAGGGGGUUCCUGGGUUAGGCGCUCUAAGCACUGACGAGGCAGCCAUGGCGGUCAUUAUGAGUUUACUGGAGACCGAUGCCAACCUGGGUGAGGCCGUGGACUUUGACGAGAUGCACUGGUCUCUGUGAACACAGCUCCGGAUUUUUUUUUUUUUUUUUUUUUAAGAUCCAUCUUAUUUGGAGGUGAAAUGAACCAUCCAUUCAUUUUCAUGGGGCAGCAAGCCUUUGACAAUUCUUUGGCUUUCAUGUUUUUAAUUUAUUAGUGUUUUUUUAUGUGUACGGACAAGCUGCAUGGCAGGUUAUCUGAUGGCUGCCCCUGGAGAACCAAAGGGGACGGGGGUCUAUCUGCGUACCUUAAACUGAGUACCUUAAGCAACAGGACCAAGUUUUAUGUGGUCUGGUGUGCAUUUCUUCACCUCAGCUCUGAGGUCACUUCUGCCCCUUGGCAUGGAUCAGAACGGAGAGACGUUCUUGGCCUGUUUUGCCAUGUUGAGAAAUACAUGCCUCAGCCAAGCCAUAAGGCAAGAAUCCAAAUGGUCCACUGUGAUCCAGUGGCGUAAGGAUUUCAAAACUUUUUCCUUAGUCAAUCAACACUUGAACUGAUGCUUUUGAGGCAAAGCUGGACUUUUUUUUUUUUUUUUAAUAAAAACGUCAUGGGAUUCCUUUGGCAAGGGAAGCCUGGUAGUUAUUUUACCCUUUUAGAGCAGAAAUCAUCUUGAAUUCAAUGUUUUUUGAUGAACAAGAGUGGAACAACGGGGAGGGGUACUGGUAAGCGCUUGUGGUCAUUUGUCAAACAGAACUACUUGAAAAGACUGUGGAAAAAAUCUGAAAAUUGAGGAUCACCGUUAGGCCUGACAUUUGUUUUUUUCCUCUCUAGUCUACAAACUUGUGUGUGAAUGUGUACUUUUCCCUCAGACCUUUGCCUGUCCUGCCAGGGCUAUGCUUUUCUUAAAACAGGGCCAUCAGUAAAAUUUACAAGGCCUGGGACAACCUUUUUAGAAGACCUGGGACAAUGUUCUUGGUUGUUGCCCCCUUAGUUAGAUGUAUUCGUUCUGCUGUUCUGAAAGAUGGUCUUGAUGGAGAUUGGAAACAGGUAAAAUGGUGAAUGGAAACUAAUAAGGGCAGGGUCUCUCAGGGAACAAUUCAUGGAAACUCCUUCUCGAAAUCCUUCAGCGGAUCAGCAAAGUACCACGUUUUAGACACUUGUGUGAAAGUGGUGUUUAGGACUUCUACAGGGCUUCAUUCUUUCAUUAGUUCUUCUUGUUUAGUUAUGUGCAAAGAGGUAUAACAUGCUCAACGUGAUCAACAUUUAGAAGGUGAUUGUUGUUUAAACUGUAUUUUGUAAGUUAUAUCUCAUAAUUUUAGUUAUGGGAAUAAUCUAAUCUCUACUCAACUUCAAAAUACUAACAAAAUCAAUUUUUAUGAAGUAAAAUAAUAACAGUAAUGGGGAGAUGUUUUUUUUUUUUUUUUUUUUUUUCUCACAUUCUUCCUGUUUCAAGAAGACAUUUAAGGCAAAUACAGCCAUGAUGGUAACUCACUUUUAAAGGUAUAAUGCACCCUAAAAUGGACAAUGUUUAUCGUUUACGCAUCCUCAUGUCUUUACAAACCUGUAUGACUUACUUUUAUGUAACACAAAUGGAGAUGUUUAGAAGAAUGGUCAUUCUGCUCUUUUCCAUAUUAUGAAAGUUAAUGGUGACCUUAAAAGCACCAAUAAGUGCUAUAAAAAAGCACCACAGAAGUUAUUCAUAAGAUUUGUGUAUUAUAUUCCAAGUUCAAUUUAUGACUUCAUAGAUUUUCAAUUUAAUUUAUGCAAAUCUCAAUAUCGCAUUUUAAGGCUAGAACACACAAGAUAUUUCCUUUAUUUACAGUCUGGAGGAGUUGUUGCUAGUUGCUUAUAGUCAAAGCCAGCACGCAACUUUUACAGAUUCAGAGAAAAUCACGUUGUAUGCUAGGCACAGAUUCAGAUUAUCUAGCUUCAGACUAUGAUUCCAUUCAGUCAGAAAAUGAGGCUUGUUUGGUUCUCCAAGCUGAUUUUUAGUACAUGCAUUGCUUUCAUUGUCAUAUCACCUUGCAACAAGACACAUUUAUUAUUGCAUUUGUUGUGUUUGAAGCGACUAUGAAGUCUUGUAGAGUGUCGUCUUCUGUUAGGUUUGAGUUUAAAAGUGUUUGAUCCCUGGUGUUUUUCUUUUUUUAAUUCUGAAAGUCAGGUCGUACGUUUUAGACAUAAAGAAGAAAGUCAUACAGGUUUUAAAAAUAAUGCUGGAAUUUCCAUUUUUGGCUGAACUAUUACUAACUAAAGACGAGAGACCCAAGAACGUGUUUUUACCAUGUUUAAGUAGUAUUAAAUUAAUCUUUAAAUGGAUAACUCAAAACACACAAACACACACAAAGUCCACUGUAGUUUUGAGCCCGUUUUCUCAGAGGGCUAGAAUCUCAGAAACAUAACACCUCUUUUUGGGAAGAUUAAUCUUUGUAGGCUGUUAAAAUGCUAUUAUUAAAUGCCAUUUAUUGUAAAAUUCCCUAUUUUGUAUAUUAUAUUUGAGGUCUUAUUGCGUGUGCGCAUCCUUGGGAUACUGAUUCUCUCCUCAUUUUCUCUUUUCUAAUUUUUUUUUUUUUUUAAAUGUUCAAAAAAUGUCAUCCGCUUCCCCUGGGUAAUCAUUCACCUCAAUGAAUUCACAUUUAAGCAUGACUUUGUAUCUGAUUUUGCACAUUUUCUUCCGAAAUUCUGCUUCCCUUCAUACUGGCGACCUUUUAUUCAGACGACCAGUGUAUUAAACUGCUUUACUGUGACGAAGCACAUGUGCCACAGGUGUCUCAUGGCCUUGCGUGAUGGAAACGGCUGAUUCUGACCGAUUAUACCAAAGCAAUUUGACCGCAGACAUAUUUCAAGUACCCUUAACGCUCAGCUGCCCUGUGCUGUCAGAUGAUCUGUAAUUCUGUGACUCUAGUGUGAGCUGCUUUAAAAAAAAAAAAAUGUCUUCAUAUCAUUGUCUACUCUGUCACAUGCUGCCAAGAGCUUACUUGAAGGGAGGAAGCCACCAACCCACCCACCCACCCAAUCCAGCUGAAAUGAAAUACUGCUAGGUUAUGUGCAUGAGUCUUGCCAUGAUCCAUUGUUCACCCGAUGCUCGGCUUUGCAAAUGUAACGCAUUACCCAGAAAUAUAAAUGGGGCAUUUCCUUAAACCUGACUGAAAUUUCAUAGGAUCAGCUGUAAGUGUUUGUCACACAGGUGGUUAGAUGUGUUAGCCAAUCACGGUUCUAGUAAGAUCACUGGUUAGGGAUUUUGAUUGGGCAGUUGUAGCCUUAAGCACAGGAACAGCUGCUUCGAUUGCCCCAAUGUACAAGCAUUGCACUGUGCCAUAACUGCAGGCUUGUCCUAAAAGUCAAAAUUGUGAUUUAUAUUGUGUUUCCCACUCCCCCACAUAGCUUCAAUUUUUAAAGUAACAGUUCGUGCAAAAAUGAAAAUUCAAGAUUUAGAUGCGGUUCUUCAUAGGAACAGAUUUGGCAUUACGUUAUUUGCUUACCAAUGGAUUCUGUCAGAACGAGAGGCCAAACAACUGAUCAUCAUAAUCCACGCAACUUCCACAUAAUAAAAAAAAAAAUCAAGGCAAAAUCUGUUGCUUCUGACCGAAACACACUUCACAAUUUGCUACUCCAAAUCUGUUCAGAUGAAGAAACAAACUCAUUUACAUCUUGGAUGGCCUGAGGGUGACUACAUAUUCAUUUUUGAGUGAACUAUUUCUUUAAUGUGGCUGUGUCCUGUUUGGAGUGUCGUUCUGCAGUUGCACUUGGCAGAAAUCAAGUACUGUAUGUAGGUUGGAACCACAGACCUUUUCUUCUGUCGCUUUCGUCCUAAGUUCAGUUCUCUCACGUUGUGUAGCCUAAGAGUUUCUUGAUUUUAUAUUGAUCCAGUAAUAUUCACUCAUGCAUGCCUUUUUGUGUACCCUUUGCUUUUCUUUACUACUUUUGUGUUGUUCUGUUAGCUAUCUAAGGGUAUUGGAUAAAGGUUCUUGCCUUAUAAGACAGACAAAGACUUGCUCGUUGUUCUGUUUCCCUUUUGUUUCUCUCUGUCUUGAGUGUGCGAUGUUAGUGGUUUGGGUAUUCUGAAGACUGUUCGUCAGUUCUGUGAAUAUCUCUGUCGGGGAGCAGCCGUUGGGUCGAGUCUUCAGAUCUGCAUGCGUGCAUCUCUUCAUCGCCCGGUCUGAGCCUUUGAUCGAGGCCGUCAUGGAACGAGGGGUCUUGUUCACGCAGGCCCCUUUUUUGUCUUUUGCUUUCUUCUCCUCCUCUGUUUGUUAUCAAGCAUUUGUAUGACGCCAUCGCUGCUGCUGUCUACAGGUCUGGUUAGUAGCAGAGAAUCUGUCUCUCCAGGCUGACAUGUAAAAAGAUUCUUAAAUAAACAACAUUAGUUUCCUGUA